AACACUUUCAUCUCCUUCGUGUUCCCCAUGGUCAUCAUUUCUGUGCUCAACACCAUCAUCGCCAACCAGCUCAUGGUCAUGUUCAAGCAGGCUGCCCAGGAAAACCAGGUCUGCACCAUCGGCGGGCAGCAGACGAUGCUCAGCAUGUCCAUGGAGCCCAGCCGCGUGCAAGCCUUGAAGCAUGGCGUGAGGGUCCUACGUGCUGUGGUGAUUGCCUUCGUGGUCUGUUGGCUCCCUUAUCACAUACGGCGUCUCAUGUUUUGCUAUGUCCCCUCCAGUCACUGGACAGAUUUCCUUUUCAACUUCUACCACUACUUCUACAUGCUGACAAAUGUCCUCUUCUACGUCAGUUCGGCAAUCAACCCCAUCCUCUACAACCUGGUGUCUGCAAACUUCCGACAGAUCUUCCUCUCUACACUCACACUCCUGUGCCUGCCAUGGAGGAAGAAGAAGAAACGACUGGCCUUCACCAGGAAAUCCAACAGCAUCUCCAGCAACCACACAUUUUCCAGCCAGGUCACAAGGGAAACUACAUACUGAAGCCAAAGGAGAAAGGGAAAUGCAUUUCAUCACGGAGUCAAAACUUGAGAGAGGCCUCUGUGACUUUCAUGCAUGGUCUCCAAAUUCAUGUAACACAAAUGUGUUUAGCAAAGUCAUUUUUGUUGGAAAAAUAGGCUU